AUGGUCUUCCUGAUUUGGGCUUUUGCUAUACUCACAGUAGGAGCUGUGAAUGCAGACCUAGGACAACCUCACCCUCUGGCCCUCGCCUCAUCAUUUACCAAUAUCUACCACCAACUUGAUAGCAUCCACCUCGGAAACUGUUCCCUCGCCAACGCAACGCUCCCACUGAGCGCAACAAAAACCCCUCUUCCAGCUCCAUCCACGAACCUCACACUCAAAUACGUUGCAUUGGGCCGAGGAACUCAAAACUACACUUGCCCAUCGAAUAGUUCCUCGGACCCCGAGUCCAAAAUCAAGCCCGAAGCCACAGGCGCCGUUGCCACUCUCUUCGACGCUUCUUGUCUCGCAGCUGCAUCUGAAAGUCUACUUCAUGAAGUCCCAGUCCUGAUCAGCACCACUCCUCUUGGAUCAUUGGCAUUCAUGGCAGCCCUUGUGGCUCAAGGCACAAGAAGCACCAAUCUGAUUAUCGGCGAACAUUACUUCAAUGGACAAGGUGACCCGGUAUUUGAUCUGAGCCUGAGUGGCCCCGACUCUUGGAUUGCUACCACCAAAAAGGCCGCUGUUCCGGCACCAAAUUCGACCCUGGGAACAUCCAUUGAUGUUCCUUGGCUCAAGCUAGGAUAUAAGAAGGGCCAUAAUCUUGAGGAGGUCUAUCGCGUCGUCACAUCCUUGGGUGAUCCGCCCUCCACUUGUGCCGGCCAAAAUGCGACGAUUCUAGUGCCCUAUGCGGCAGAAUACUGGUUCUACGGGUAG